CCGGCCCGUGCGAUUCGCGCCAAGUGCCAAGACAGACACGCGCUACGAAAGGAGCCGUAAGGCUGCACCCGACACGCCACCAGAACGUCUCAGAAUCGGGGCACAGCACCGAAUUUGACGAACCGGCGCUUGUCACCUUCGCGGCUUGCACCUUUCGCUCGAGCGAGAGCGUGACCUGGACUUCAGUGGGGACCUCGUGCCUGGUGCAUCUCUCAGCGAGCAUCACGUUGUGCUGAAGUGUUGCAGUGUGUGCCGCUAGUCGUGUUACGAGCCCUCGAUAUCGGCGUACUACCCGCUGUACACCAACCACGUCGUUCAAGUUGUCCCGGUGUCAGGACCAGGAAGUCCUCGUCGCUCGUGCUCCGGGGUCCUGGUUGCUGAAGAAGUUGGUGUCCAGCCAUAAGUCGGUCACACUGCAGGAUCAGUUGCGACUCCGGUACACUACGUCCCGACCCUUGUGCGCAAUGCACCUUUAGUAAAUGUGUUAGUGUUAUUGUGUACUGCUUCGCGAGCCCGUGCUGUGUCGCCACGAGCUUGACGUUCUCUCUUUUCCUCUGAAGUCUGUGCUACUGCGACGCCGUGUCUCGGAACUGGCGCCCGUCAACGUUCAGAAAUUAUCGUGAAUACAGGCGCAAUCGGUGAAAAGUGACCCAAGGUUCUACUGGAAAGCUUUCAAUUGAGUCAUCAAAUUGCAUUCAAGUGUGCUAUGAAAUGCGCACAAUCUUACAAGAUCAGUUCAACAUUUCGCGUUGAAAAUUUAUCCAUAUUGAACUAGGGCUGCAUUCCCUAACAUUGCAAUUGUCGUUCGGGUUGGCAUAAGCUAUUGUUGCUGUUUUAAGGAAGUCAGAAGCCCUUUAGUACGCUUAUCAGUUUCACGCGCUUAUAAACUACGACUUGUUCGUAGCCUGAAUUCCUAACAGCCUUGUUGGUCGCAGGCAAGUCGAGCUGAAGACACAUUAGUGUGUACAUGGUUACGGUGAUGGCGAAACUUGCUUAUUAGCGUCGUACGGAACGAGGUUUUUAAAACUAACAUGGAAGCGGCGUGAUACGGAAGCGCACUUGUUCAAAACAGGCCCGAUAAAGUCUUGCCUACUUUUCCAAACUGCUUCUGAAGUCACAGGAAUUCCGUUUGCGAAGACAAGUCUGCGCUCAGCACAGUUCUUUUUUUUGCGUUUUCCUUAUAAAUCUAAGGGUCCACACGAAAUAUCAUCCUUGUUUGUGAGAAAAGUGCAGUGGCCACACUGAGUUGACCUGCGCGCAGCGACAGCUCACUGAAAGUUUGGAUCAUUUCGCAGAAACCACUCAAGUGGCGGCCUUCUUUAACGGCGGCUACCACAGCAACAUUAAGGGUUCAAUGGGGGUUUAAAGAAAAGCGAAAGGGUGCCGCAUAAUUUAUUGCAGAGGUCGGACCUGGGUGCGAAAGACAAGCUGAUGCGUGAAGACUCGUGAGAAACGUUUCCAGCAGAUCGAAAUACACACGCGCAUCUACGUGUACGCGUUAAACACACUGGGAACGCUGUAGACUUGAGCUCCCAAUCUUCGCCGACGAGAAGAAUCUGCACACUAUACCCUUGCCCCCGCAUUUCGCCUUUGGGCCCCCGCACCACCGCGGCGAAAGGGCCCGUUCGGUGUCCCAGCGUCCGCGAACGUCGUCACGACCGCGAGCGCCGGCGGCCGACAACAGCAGCGUGACAGUGCGGCGGCACCGGCGGAGAGCAGUGGCAGCCGCGGAGGACGGUGGCUGUUGCUGCUGCGGAAGCGCCGCCGUUACCCGCUGCUCCCGGGCCCCGUACGCGCUCAGCGUGAGUUGCCUCGUGCGCCUGUCUCGACCGUCUAGCUACCGGGUCGUCGUCGAGAUCGACAUGAUGGGCGAGCGGCGUGAGAACGAAGAGCUCGCGCUGGUCGUCUCCGAUCCGCCGGUGGUCAGGGACGCACCGGCCGCCAGUCGCGUCCGCAACGUCGUGCAGCUCGCCGACGGGCCGUCCGGCGACGAGGGGCGACAGGACGACCCCGACCCUCCGCGGAAACCUCCGGGCGUCCUGGUUCACGAAGUCGACGAAGGACAGCCCUGCCUGACCUGCAAGGACAAGUGCCCCGGUUUCAGUCCCCACCUUUGGAGGAAAGUGUGCAACAACUGCAAGUGCCCCCGAGAAUCGCACGAUGUGUACCACGAAGAGUUCGUCAACGUGCGCGACCGCAUCGGUAUCAAGGCGUCCGACCCUUCGCAGCAUACUUCCAAGGAGAAGACGCUGCAGGAGGGAUACUCCUGGGUGCCACCGGGACUGUCUAGUGCGAAGAUUGAGGAGUACUUUGCUCAGCUGCCGAACCACAAGGUGCCGAGGCUGGGCAGCCCGGGGGAGAAGUACCGCGACCGGCAGCUCAUCGUGCAGCUGCCAAAACAGGACCUGGCGCUGGCCUACUGCAAGUUCCUGGAGCGUGAGUGCCAUCGGGCUUUCGAGGACUUCGUCAACGCUCGCAACGAGAUCGCCCUCGACAUCGGUUACGUCAGGGAGGCCCUCGACAAGACGCUGGAGUGCCACAAGUGCGGCGGCGUGCUGCCUGGCGGCGAGCUGGCGGUGAUCGCGCCCAAGUUCGGCGAGAUGGUCGCGUGGCACCCGGCCUGCUUCGUGUGCUCCUCCUGCAACGAACUGCUGGUCGACCUGACCUACUGCGCCAAGGACGGAAGGCUCUACUGCGAGCGCCACUACGCCGAGACGCUCAAGCCCCGGUGCGCAGCCUGCGACGAGCUCGUGUUUUCCGGCGAAUACACCAAGGCCAUGAACAAGGAUUGGCACUCGAGCCACUUCUGCUGCUGGCAGUGCGACGACUCGCUCACCGGCCAGCGGUACGUGCUGCGCGACGAGCACCCGUACUGCGUCCGCUGCUACGAGCAAGUGUUCGCGAACUCGUGCGAGGAGUGCUCCAAGGCCAUCGGCAUCGACUCAAAGGACCUGUCCUACAAGGAGAAGCACUGGCACGAGGCGUGCUUCCUGUGCAGCAAGUGCCGGGUGUCGCUGGUGGACAAGCCGUUCGGCUCCAAGGCCGAGAAGGUCUACUGCGCCGCCUGCUACGACGCCGCAUUCGCGACCCGCUGCGAUGGCUGCGGCGAGAUCUUCCGCGCCGGCACUAAGAAGAUGGAGUACAAGGGCCACCAGUGGCACGAGAAGUGCUUCUGCUGCUGCGUGUGCAGCAACCCGAUCGGCACCCGCAGCUUCAUUCCGCGGGACAACGACAUUUACUGCACCGGCUGCUACGAGGACAAGUUUGCCACAAGGUGCAUCAAGUGUAACCAGAUCAUCACUAGCGGUGGAGUGACGUACCGCAACGAGCCAUGGCAUCGGGAGUGCUUCACUUGCACCAACUGCAGCGCCUCGUUAGCCGGCCAACGAUUCACGUCACGCGACGAGAAGCCAUACUGCGCUGAGUGCUUCGGCGAGCUGUUCGCCAAGAGAUGCACUGCUUGCUCCAAGCCUAUCACUGGAAUCGGCGGAACGCGCUUCAUCUCUUUCGAGGACCGCAACUGGCACAAUGACUGCUUCAUCUGCGCCAUGUGCAACAACUCUUUGGUGGGCAAGGGCUUCAUCACCGACGGACCUGAAAUCUUGUGCCCCGAAUGCGCUAGGCAGAAGCUGAUGUAACUUCGAAAUUAAAUGCAACACCUAACAAAACAAAGUAACUCAAAGAACACGAAGCCUUUCGUGCACUCGCUAUGGUCCUAAUUCAGCAAAGUUCGUCGUGGUCAUACCAAACAACCGCAAGUAGCUUCUCUCAGAGAGAAACUUGAAAGCAGAAAUCAACAAAUAAAGUGUAUUAUAUUCUACCCUGCUGAGUUUACUUACUAUAUCUUCAUUGUGAAAUGAGGAGUGAUCUAGUGCCUGCCUCAUCCUAAUAGCACAGGUUUGAGCAGAUGUUGCUUAUGAUGUUCUUUUAUGUUGAGUGUAGUUUUUUUUAACACGGCUACUGGCAUAUUUGCAGUGUAAGGGAAUGACAACAGAAACCAUUCCACGACGAGCCUCGUAUAUCAGUGCAUAUAUCUGCUAUAACCACAAAUUGCGUUCUAUCUUUACAUGAUGUUGGAAGGGACAUUCAUGCGCACUUGUGAGAACCUUUUUUGUGAUGCGUUGGCUGAUGUUUCACCACAGAGAACUGAAUUCUUUCUCUGGUGCUAAGCUUUGCCACAUGCUCAGGGAUGCUGUCAACUUUUCAUCUGAUAUAAACAGGUGUGGAAGCAAACUGACCACUUUAUGCAACACUUUAAUAUGUAAUUUCAUGAGAAUUGAGGUCAUGGAUAACAAGGUUGACAGCAUCUGCUGACGCUGUUGGAUUCUUAAGGGAACUGUUGCUUUAUUUCUAUUCCUAUGAUGUCUGCUUCCCCAGUUGUUAUUUAGCGGGUUAAUGAAGCUUGCUCUUUUCCCCCUGAUUUACUUUACAGGCAAGAAAGUUGCAUGUUUUUGUAUCUACAGGCAACAAUAAAGGUUUUCCUAAAUGCA